AUGAUGCAGUGGCAAGUCAACAGGCUGUUUAGAAAGGACCGUGAGGCUGUUAUUGCCAAAAUUCCAAACCUAGAUGUUGUGGUCCAGCAGCUAGACCUCCCUUUUGGACCUCCACCAAGAUUGGUAUGUCGUCUCAUUGCACAGAUAGCUAGAGUGCCAAGACAAGGAGAAAUCCAGGAUGGACAAAGAGAAGGAGCCUUCCCCGUCCAAGAACACGAAGCCCGAGUUCCUCCAGAAUGCCCUGCACCAAUUCAGCCAGUAUCACUUCUGCCUGAGCAACCAGUCGUGUUGUCCUACAGUCCUAGAAGGAUGGACCCCAAUCCAUUUCCUCCACUAGCAAGAGGCAGGAGAGGCAGAGGGGGAAUCAACCCUUUUGCCAAUAAUGAUAGGAACAGGCAGGGGGCAAAUUGGGGAAAUCAUCCAGAUUUCGAAGGAGAAGAGGAACAUAGGGAGGAAGUCAUACACAGACCAUACAGAAUAGGACAGAGGGAUGAAUGA